GCUGAGGAGGCUCUGACCUGCUGCGCUCAUCCUGCCCCAGAGCUGUUUGGGGUGGCAGCAGAGCCUCUCCUCACCCCGAGAGCAGCAGGGUUAAACCCUGGAGCUCCCUGUCCCCGUUCCCUCCCCAAGGCCAAGGCCAGCGGGAAGAAGCUGCAGAAGGUGACAUUGAAGGUGUCACCCCGGGGGAUCGUCCUGAGGGACGGCAGCACCAACGAGCUCAUCGAGAACGUGUCCAUCUACAGUCCCCUYUYUGUCCCCUYUCUGUCCCCUCUGUCCCCACAGGCCCAGGCUGUCACCCUCACCGUGGCCCAGGCCUUCAAGAUCGCCUUCGAGCUGUGGCAGGCGGCCAAGGAAGAGAAGGAGAAACGGGAAAGGUCCAUCCUGGAGGCAGAAGGGACGGGCGGCCCCGGAUCGGGGGAUCCGGCCAGACCGGGAACACCAGCAGCCACGGGGAAUUUGCUGGAUUUUGAAGACCCUGCCAGGUCCCCCCUGGGAAGCAGCACUGAGUCCCCCCAGUUGGACAACAGCAGCUUUGGGCCCAGCCCCUCGGUCAACAACAACGUGGUGUGGGAAAUGGAUGAUGGUCUCGACGAGGCGUUUUCAAGGCUGGCCCAGUCUCGGACCAACCCUCAGGUUCUGGACACGGGGCUGUCAGCUCAGGACAUGCAGAGUGCAGAGACUCUGUCCCCUGUGGACUGGAACCAGAUGGACCCYGGAGCUGCUGAGAAGGACGAUCUGUUCCUGUUCUGAGACCCCCAGGAACCUGCAGUGCCCACCCAAAACCUGCGGAUGGCGCUCUUCCCCCCGCUGGGAAACCUCCAGAGGGGCUCCGAGGAUGUCCCAGCCCAGUUCAGACCAAAGCUUCCCAAAUUUUUUUUUUUUUGUACCUGGCUUUUCUCUGCACCACCAGAUGCUCUUGGAUGUAUUUAUUGAGCGUUUACACGAGCUCUGGGGAGGGRUGGGGACCCUCAGCAGUGCCUCUCUGCACCUCAGAGCUCUCCAAAAAUGGGCUGUGGAUGGAAAAAGCUCCCAGCCCUGAAUCCUGAGCACUGCCUGAGCCCGGGGAGGGGCUCACAGCAACGUGGGACAGUGAGGGACAGAGCUUUGUCACCGCACCCACGGGGCCAUCGAGGCGUUUGAACCCAAAGACUCUCCCAAUUUUGCACUUUAGAACUCGAGCCYAAGGCGAUGGUCCCGAUGGUCAAGGUCAGCAGUGCCUGGAACUCCUCUUGAGAAGCUGUUUACCCAAAAAAGAACCUCCCUGCAAUGCUGCAGCUCCGGGUCCCUCACCUCAGACCCCUCUAAAGCUCCCUUGGCUUUGACAGCAGCACCAGCACAAGGAGGGAUUUGUUUUGCCAGGCUGGGAGGAACAGCAGCACCACAGAUUCAAAUUCCCAGUUUGACCCAGUGGAUUUUUGCCUGUCCAGGACUGGUUUCUGCCUCCAAACCUCGCUSAUUCCAUGGAUUUGGGACAGUACCUGCUGUCCCUUCUCCCUGCCAGCCACAGCUCCCAGGGGGCUCAGGAAGCUCCAUCUCCCCCUGGAACUGAAAAUAAGCAAUGGAGGUAUGAAGCUUAUGCUAAUUAAAAGAUUAAGUUUAAUGAUCCUAAAMAGUCGCACUGACAUCUCGCAGUGUUUGUGGCCUUAUGUGAAGUGUACUAAUCUGUUUUAUAGAUUUGGAACUUGGGUUUGGAGCACUAAUUCAUUCCCCAGACAGCUCUUUAGAACUCCCUGAAAACUGCUCGCAGGAAGGAAAAAAACCCUCUCUGUCAGCUGGAAGAAUUCAUUAGGAAGCAGCUGAGUGA